GAUUUGUAUAAUUGGAAACAUCAAAAUCCCCCUUUUUCAGAAAAACCCCAGGCUUUGAUCUCCCUCCUAGAAUCUGUGUUUCAUACCCAUGACUCAACCUGGGAUGAUUGCCAGCAACUCCUCCAAGCCCUUUUUACCUCCGAAGAAAGAGAAAGAAUUCAAGGACAGGCCAUAAAAUCAGUGUUAGGAGGAACAGAGGGCCCACUCGAUGAACAACAGCAGAUCUGCAUUGAGGCACAACUUCCGUCCACUCGUCCCAUGCCCCGUGGCAAGCUAAUUCCUUGGGCGGGAGAGAAGCGCUCCACAACUACCAUCAGCAUCUCCUAGCUGGCUUGAGGGGAACCGCUCAUAAGCCUACCAAUUUGAGCAAGGUUUGACUCCAAGACCCUGGAACCUCGCUGGAAAGGACCGGUUCCUGUUGUCCUGUCAACUCCUUUGGUGGUGAAGGUGGCUGGACAUUCUGCCUGGAUACAUCGAAACCAUCUGAAAGCAGGACCCCCCGCAGACAUUGGAAAAGACAGAUGGAAGGUUAUCAGCCAACCAGGCGACCAAAAGCUAAGAUUGGAGUGGGUUGGAGAUGUUUCGCCUUCAUGAUAAUAUUCUCUGGGACACUGGCAGUAUUGCCCCCAAGAGGACUAGAUCACACAAAAAAUGUAUGGAUUCAAUUGGCAAACUCGCUUAACCUAUCUGAAUUCUGUUUAAAUGUUGAUGUAAAUUUCCAUUAUGUGCUGGGAAGUUGUCUUAUCCUGAUAUGCACCCCUUUAGAAUUAAUACGGCCCUAUACUCUAUUUAAGGAUAUUCCAGGAAAAAAAAACCUUACUUAUAUGGAUAGUUAUAAUUGGGGACCUGUCACAUGCCAUAAGCCUAAAAAUGCUGUCAAAUUAUAUACGCCUAAAGUGAUUAUGUCAAAUAAGACUGAAUGUGCUAUAUAUGAAGGAUGUACAACUAAAUGUCUGAAAAUGAAACAACUGAAAGAAAUGCCCUGCCAUGUAAAACAAAAGAUUGUAUAUAAUAAUUGCCGUAUCUCCCUGCCAAUAGGAUGGUUUUAUACCUGUGAAGGAGUAACCUUCAACUAUAUCCCAACAAACUUAACCGAGACUCGUUGCUGCUUGAGUCGUCUAGCUGUAGUAUUGCCAGAUAAAACUGAUUUAAUUGUGCCUAAUAGAACUAGACGGUGGUCACCUUACACUGCACCAGGGUGCAAUGAUGAUGUAGGUCUAUUAACAGACGCCGAAGUAAUAACUAUGAUAGCAUCUUUUGUGGCCUUGCCUUCUAUAGGAGUCUAUGCUGAAAAGGCAGUACGAAAAUUAGCAUGCAAGGUGGUCAAAGGAUUAAAUGCUACUUCAUCAGCCUUGGCAUUAAUUAACCAAGAACUACAAGAACAGAGACAGGCAAUCUUGGAUAACAGAGCAGCAAUAGACUAUUUAUUGCUCUUCCAUCACCAAGGUUACAAGAAAAUUAAAAAUAUGUGUUGCUUCAAUCUAACCAAUAAUGGUCCAAAGAUUAAGGAGGAGAUAAAACAAUUAGAAGAUCUGGCUCAAAAGGUACAUGAUGAGGAUGGUGGAGAUUUGUUUAAAUGGCUAACCAAAUGGCUGCCCAAUUUACAAUGGUUAAGACAACUAUUCAUUGCCAUUAUAAUCAUAUGUAUAUGCUUAUUAUUAUCAUGCUGUUGUAUACAAUGGAUGCCUACAUUUAUGUGUAAGAUUACUUAGAUUACAGAAAAUCAGUGGGGAAUGUGGGACUGCAUGAUUCCAAAAUCAACUAUUCCCCUAGCCUCUAUUGUACUUGUAAAUUAAUGGUUAAAAUGUGCUUGUUAGUUCUGGGAUAACAGAUAAAAUCUGUAACGAAACAAAGUUCCUAAGUAAAUUACUCAACCCCUUGUUUGUCCGGAGAACAAAUGUUCCCAGGCCCACCAUCUGUAGAACAAUCCAUCAAUGUGUCUGCUGACCAUCAGUACGUGACGGUCGUGACCAUUAGUGUGUGUGUCUGCUGACCAUCAGUACGUGACAGUCGACCACUAACCUUUGUUCCUUUUCUCGUAAAAUCUACAUGUUAACUUCCCCCCAACCCCCUAUAAAACAGCCUCGGAC